AUGCGCCUUCUCGUACUACUACCGGCUGUGAUGGCAUCAACACUUCUGGCGACUAGUAGUGCCGUUGUCAAUCCUGACCCCAUUCAUCAUGCCAACUCUUUACAAGUAGCUUCGAAAGUUAAUAUUGCUGCUUUAAAGAAUGGUCCUCGUGCUCUGAGAACCGCUGGAACAGUCCCAAAGGAGAGGCGCUUAGGAGAUACAUACUAUCCCAGCGCUUACUCCUAUACUGGCGGGAAUAAUUAUGGAUUCAACAACUAUUCUCCCAACAGCAACGGCUAUCAGAACACUUACCCUACAAGAUACGGCAACCAGAAGCGAGAUGACAGUGAUGAUUCCAGCAGCGAAGAUAGCAAAGACGAUUCUAGCCACGAUUAG